CUGGGCGCGCCGCACGGUGUCGGUGGUGAGCGGGAGCCCAGCAUGGCGGCGGCGGAGGGGCCGGCGGCGCGGUUCGAGCACAUGGGGCUGGACCCGCGGCUCCUGCGGGCGGUGGCGGAGCUGGGCUGGGGCUCCCCCACGUCCAUCCAGGCCGAGGCCAUUCCGCUGGCGCUGGAGGGCCGGGACCUGCUGGUGCGCGCCAGGACCGGCUCCGGCAAGACCGGAGCCUACGGCCUGCCCGUGCUGCAGCUGCUCCUGCGGGGCAGGGAGGCUCCCCAGGCUCUGCCCCAGGCCGUGCGGGCGCUGGUGCUGGUGCCCUCCCGGGAGCUGGCCCUGCAGGUGCUGCGCUGCCUGCGCCGCUUGGCGGCUGCCACCGAUCUGCGCGUGGCCGAGCUGGGGGAUGGGGACCCUGCGGCGCUGCGGCCCGUGGUGGCGGCACAGCCGGACGUGCUGGUGGGGACGCCGGGGCGGGUGCUGGCGCAGGUCACUGCCCGCAGCCUGGUGCUGCGGCACUCGCUGGAGCUGCUGGUGCUGGAUGAGGCCGACCUGCUCCUGGGCUUCGGCUGCCUCGAGGACAUCAAGGCCCUGCUCUGCCACCUCCCCAAGAUCUAUCAGGCGCUGCUGAUGUCGGCCACGUUCAGCCCCGACGUGGAGGCGCUCAAGGAGCUGGUGCUGCACAACCCGGUGCGGCUGUGCCCGGCGCAGGCCCCGCUGCCGGGCCCGGCUCAGCUGCAGCAGUUGGUGCUGCGCUGCGGCACGGCCGAGGACAAGGUGCUGGUGCUGGUGGCGCUGCUGCGGCUGCGGGUGCUGCGCGGCCGGGCCCUGCUCUUCGUGUCCUCCCUGCCCCGCUGCUACCGCCUCAAGCUGCUCCUCGAGCAGUUCGGCAUCGGCGCCUGCGCCCUCAACCCCGAGCUGCCGGCGCGCUCCCGGUGA